CCGCCUCGCCGGCCCCGGCUGUACGCGCGGCGCGGGGCGGGAGCGUCCGGCGGCCAUGGCGGACACCGAGAAGCUCAACCUCGACUCCAUCAUCAGCCGCCUCCUGGAGGUCCAAGGCUCGCGGCCGGGGAAGAACGUGCAGCUGACGGAGAACGAGAUCCGGGGCCUGUGCCUCAAAUCCCGGGAGAUCUUCCUGAGCCAGCCCAUCCUGCUGGAGCUCGAGGCUCCCCUCAAGAUCUGCGGUGACAUCCACGGGCAGUACUACGACCUGCUGAGGCUCUUUGAGUACGGGGGGUUCCCCCCGGAGAGCAACUACCUGUUCCUGGGGGACUACGUGGACCGGGGCAAGCAGUCGCUGGAGACCAUCUGCCUCCUGCUCGCCUACAAGAUCAAGUACCCCGAGAACUUCUUCCUGCUGCGUGGCAACCACGAGUGUGCCAGCAUCAACCGCAUCUAUGGCUUCUAUGAUGAGUGCAAGCGGCGAUACAACAUCAAGCUCUGGAAGACGUUCACCGACUGCUUCAACUGUUUGCCCAUCGCUGCUAUCGUGGACGAGAAGAUCUUCUGCUGCCACGGAGGGCUGUCUCCCGACCUGCAGUCGAUGGAGCAGAUCCGGCGGAUCAUGCGCCCCACGGAUGUCCCGGAUCAGGGCCUGCUCUGUGACCUGCUCUGGUCUGACCCCGACAAGGACGUGCAGGGUUGGGGGGAGAACGACCGUGGCGUCUCCUUCACCUUCGGCGCCGAGGUGGUGGCGAAGUUCCUGCACAAGCACGACCUGGACCUCAUCUGCCGGGCGCACCAGGUGGUGGAGGACGGUUACGAGUUCUUCGCCAAGCGCCAGCUCGUCACCCUCUUCUCAGCACCCAACUACUGCGGCGAGUUCGACAACGCAGGGGCCAUGAUGAGCGUGGAUGAGACCCUCAUGUGCUCAUUUCAGAUUCUGAAGCCAGCUGACAAGAACAAGGGCAAAUACGGGCAGUUCAGUGGGUUGAACCCCGCCGGCCGCCCCGUCACCCCUCCCCGCAACUCUGCCAAAGCCAAGAAAUGAGGCACGAGCCACCCUCCUCCCUCAGCAUCAGGUCGCUUUUGCUUUCAACUCCUUUUGGGGGGGGCUUUUUUAUUUGGAAGAUCCUGAACACACACCCCCCCCCCCUCCUUCUCCCUUCCCCAGCCACCACCACGCUCCAGCAACCCAAUUCCAAGCCUAAGAUUAUGGGGGGGGGGCUCAAAGCCCCAACCCUGUGGAGGUGGAGGGGCAAAGGGGGGGGUGAGCAGGAGGACUCUUUUUUUGGGGGGAAUAAACUUGUAAUUUGGGGGUUA